AUGGUCUUGAACCUUGAAGCGGGUAGGGUUUUGGUCUAUUGUCAAGGGUUUUCUGAUAUGGUUAUAUCACUGGACAACAUGGUUGAUAGGCUUUCUGAUGUUAAGCUUCAGCCAACUAAGGAUAAGGUCGUUAAAGCCAAUGAGGUUUUAGCUGCUGGUCAUCAACCACGCCCUAUCAUGGAAACCAUCAUUGUAACCCUUUUGUAUCUUGCCCUGCAUAGUGAGAAAAUUGAGUUGGAGACUGGUCAACCACAGAAGAAGCAAAAACGUCGUGGAAGACCUCCUAAGACACAAGGUGAAUCUACAUCAUUACAUCUGACUGAUGAUGUGGCGCUUUUCAAGAAAUUAGAACGCAGGGGAAGACCACCUAAAGUGCAGGCAGGGGAGUUGACCAAUGCAAAAAAGUCAAAGCUUGUGGUGGGCAAGAAAAACAACAACCAGUUGAAGGGUAAAAAUGUCAAAAAGGGUCCCAAAAGUUUCCAAAACAGAAUACCAGUUGCCCUUCAUCAUCCUGAUGAGGGGGAUUUGGGGUAUAUAUACCUUGAUUUAAAUUGUAGACAGGGGAAGUAUCCUGGUUGUGCUCAUUUUGCCAUAAGAGGAGGGCGUACAGUUUCCAAAACAGAAUACCAGUUGCCAGUGAUUGUCGUUGUUUGCAACUUCUCAAAGCCCCGUAAUUCAUCAAUCGUGAGACUUAACCACUCUGAUGUGGAUACCCUUUUCCAUGAAUUUGAGCAUGCUCUUCAUUCCUUGCUUUCAUGA